UUCUAUCAGAGAUUCUAGUUCCUGCAAUGUCGUAAAACACAUUCGCACUGCUUCAGAUUUGAUAUCUAAGCAAUUCCGCCGAUCGCACACAGCCUCGAAAGAGAUGUGUUGCAUCGUGUGAUGAUUUGGCUGGAAGCAUGAGUCCAAUGCCCGUAACACGGCUUGGCUCGUCGCUCUCCUUAGAGUUCAAAGAAGAUGCAGCAUUCGGUGGACAGCACGCUGAUCUUCUUUUCUCAAUGAUAGCCUCCUAAGUCCGGAAAGAAGACCGCCGCUAUGCCCUACCCCCAGGGCAAGGCUGGCACUGGCAAGAAGGCCGCUAAGAACCCUCUCAUCGAGAAGCGUUCCCGCAACUUCGGUAUCGGCCAGGACAUCCAGCCCAAGCGCAACCUCUCCCGCUUCGUCAAGUGGCCCGAGUAUGUCCGUCUUCAGCGCCAGAAGAAGAUCCUGAACAUGCGUCUGAAGGUUCCUCCUUCCAUCGCUCAGUUCCAGGCCACUCUGGACCGCAACACCGCUGCCCAGACCUUCAAGCUCCUCUCCAAGUACCGCCCUGAGACCAAGGCCGAGAAGAAGGAGCGUCUCGUCCAGGAGGCCACCGCCGUCUCCGAGGGCAAGAAGAAGGAGGAUGUCUCCAAGAAGCCCUACCACGUCAAGUACGGUCUCAACCACGUCGUCGGCCUCGUUGAGAACAAGAAGGCUUCCCUCGUCCUGAUCGCUCACGACGUUGACCCCAUUGAGUUGGUUGUCUUCCUCCCCGCUCUCUGCCGCAAGAUGGGUGUCCCCUACGCCAUCGUCAAGGGUAAGGCCCGUCUCGGUACCGUCGUCCACAAGAAGACCUCCGCCGUCCUGGCUCUCACCGAGACCCGCUCCGAGGACAAGGCCGAGUUCGCCAAGCUCCUCUCCGCCAUCAAGGAGGGUUACACCGACAAGUACGAGGACUCCCGCCGCCACUGGGGUGGUGGUAUCAUGGGUGCCAAGGCCAACGCCCGCAUUGAGAAGAAGCAGAAGGCUAUUGAUGCCGCCAUCAAGGUCUAA